AUGUCUUUUUGUUCUCAAUCGCAGCAACAGCCGCAAGACGAAGUGCAGCAGCAGCAGCAGCAGCAGCGGGAGCAGCAACAGCGGCAACGUAUGAAACCACGGCGCAUACGUGCAGGGGAUGGUGCUGCUUUCUUAGAUGAUCUUUCCCUUGAAACCAAAGUGAAGAACUUCCUUAAGUGCUGCCUGCUGCUUCCAGCACGGCCUCGCCGCCUGCCGCUGCAGCUGCUGGUGAACAACUUGCAGCCCCUACUGCAGCAGCAGCAGCUCCAGCAGCAGCAGCGGUACCAAGCCCUGACACUGCCAAUGCUGUUGAACGAGCAGCAGCAGCAACAACACCAACAACGAGGCGUAUUUGACCUCAUUCCUCGCCUUCUGCCUCCUUCUCCAAGCGACCGUUUGCUGCAGCUGCAGCAAACAAGAAACAACAGCAAGCAAGAAUUGCAGCCAGCUGGCAGCAGCACCAGCAUCAUUCCGCCGCAGGUCCAACAGCCAGGCAUGGGACGCUGCGUGUUGCGCCUCCGUACAGGAACGCCGACGCUGCAGGAGCUGCUGCUAAGUCUACCGCAGCAGCAACAGCUAGAGGGGCAGCAGCAUAGCCAGUGGCAGAAGGGACCAUUGCGUCGUCGACGGCAGGAACAGCUGAAGCUGCAGCAACAGCAGCGCAGGAGGCAGCAAGCGGCGCUGCACUUGGGGUGGAGAGUGCUGCUGCAGCAUUUAGCAGCCCACGAAAAUCUCGGCCUUUCUGAGGUGUACAGACUGCUUCGCUGCUGCGAGCAAUUUCGUGAGACAGACCCAGCCCUGCUGCUGCUGCUGCUGCGCCGUGCCAGGUGUACCGAUGAGGACGCUGCAGCAGUGCGCUCACUGGCGGGCAUUAUCGGCUGCCUUUCCCGCAUGCACAUUCUCACACCUGUUGGUUCUGCAGGUGCUCGUGGUGCUGCUCAACCUGCUGGUCCGACCGCUGCUGAUGGGGCUGUUUCCGGUGGUACUGCCGUACCUGCCGGGGUGGUGGAGCACAACACAACUUUAAGCCUGCACGCCGGAGGCGCAAAAGCCACAGCGACAGAAGCAGCGCUAACAACUGCUGCCAGUGCAGUUGCUGCUGCAGUUGGACUUUCGGAUGAUCCAGAAGUGCUUCAGCAGCUGCCGCCACUGCUGUGUGUCUCUCCAUUGGCUGCGGACACUAUUUGCAGCGUUGCUACUGUCCAGGGCUGUAGAGCUGCCAAAGCAGGAGUUCACGUGUACACGCAGCUCCAAAAACAGGCAGUACUGCUGGUGCAACACACUGCUGCUGCCUUACCCCUGGCACUGCUAGAAGGACGGGCUGGGGGACAGGAAAUCGGACUCAUCUGUGAAGGUCUCGCUGCUGCACGGAUAAGGAACAGUCAACUGGAGCGCUAUUUGCUGUUAUGGCUGUGCCCUUCCCUUUCAGAUACUAUGAGUGUUGAAAGCGAUCCGUUUGCGCGGGAGUUCGGCCCUAGUCGCCAACAACAGCAGCAGCAAGAAGCGUUGGUGUCUCUGAAUGCCCAGCAUUUAUUGUCGGUCCUGAAGUGGAUGGCUCCUCUGCGCGCGGAAGCUAGUCAACAGCAGCAGCUACAGAAACAGCAGCAAGCGCGGAAGCCGCCUCCAAAAGCAUCUGUGCCUGAGCCAGCAGUAGUAGGAACUGCUGAGCGGUCGUCAAAUACCAAUGCAGUGGAUCUGCAACCAUUUGUCUGGCUGUCAGCGUGGAGGCAGCUGGUGCUAAGGCUGCUGGGGUAUCUCCCGCUCCUGCAGGUGCAGCAGCGUCUCGCGUUGUUGCAAGCAGCAGCAGCCGCAGAUGAUGAUCUUGCGUGGCGUGUGUCUCUCGGGUCCGUUCUGGACAUUGUUGCAACAGAAGGCGCAGAAGGGCUUUCGCUGCAGCAGCAGGAGUUGCUUCUGGCUGCCAUUGAUGCUAGUACUACCUCGCCAGCCUCAUGUCUGCCGUCAGCGCCGGAGCAAAUGGCGAAGACUGUCUUGAGUAUCUGUAGAGCUUUACCCCGCACCCUGCUGCUGCAGCGGCACAAAGCAGCAACCACCGCUGCAGUUACACCGUGGACUGCACUAACGGUCGCAACAGCAACCACUACAGCACCUGCAUCGGCAGACACCCUAUACGCUUUGUUGCUGCAUUUGCCGCGCGCGGCCCUGGGAAUAACAAAAGCGAUAGCUGCAGCAGCAACGGCGGAAGCACCAGCAGGAGACUCAAGCCUGACAACAGCUGCAGUAGGGUCACGAACAGCAUGUACAUGUGAGCAAAGAGUAACCGCAUCCGAGGGAGAUGGCGCAGCAACGGCAACAGUACUGCAUGAGGCAUCUCACGCCUUCGAACUCAUUUCUCACCAGGUGCUUCCAACCCUCAGGUACGUAUCCGAAACUCAGCUAGUGGCAGCUGCGGAGGGACUGCGAGUCCAGCUGCUGCUGUGGGCGCAGCAGCAGCAGAGUCCGCAUUUGGCGCUGGACAGGCCUGAUGCGCAUAAUGGGUGCUGGAAGCUGCUGAUUUUGCAACGCCGCUUCCUUGGUACUCCAGGGGAAGUAGCAGCAGGAGCAGCACCCACGGAAGAACGCAAACGCAUUAUCUCCCUGGCUCGAUUCUCCCUGGCAGCUGCAAGGCUUGACGCCUUCAGGCAGCGAGGCUGCAGCAGCCUCACAGAGGAGGAACCGCCAUUGCAACUCCAGUUGCAGGAACUGCAGCAGCAAGCUGCUACAAGGCUUCUUCAGUGCAUCCGGGUGCUGCAGAAUGAGCAGCAGGCAAUGUUGACUCUGUUUAGGGGGGCUGCACCAUUGCUGUUUCUUGUGCCCACAGUCCAUUCCGAGCACCAAACGCAGGAGAAACCCUUGCAUCGCCAGCACCAGCAGGCACAACAGCAGCAGCAGCAGCUCAUCGAUGCAGCAGCACGGCUUCUACGGUUAUCCAGGAGCAGCGCCAACUGUGUCCGGUCGUUCCUUCGAUCUCUCCACACCGCACACUGGCCUCUCAAUCCACAUUUUGCUGAGACAGUGUUCAAGCUGCUGGCAAUUAGGGCAGCAGCAGCAGCAACGACUACAGCUGCGGCUGCUACAGGGGUCUCAGGGAAUACAGACGCAGACACGCAGAGUGGGACUGUUGACGAUGAAGAACUAGGAGUUGUUGCAGAUAUGUCUUUAUUUGCAGCCGUACUGACGCAAAAGCUGCAGGGCCAUGCCGGUGGUGAGGAGAAGCACGCAGCGGCAACAAAAGGAACAGCAAUCAUGGGGACCACAAAGAGGGACCCGAUGUGUUUGUCAUCGGCGGAGUCCGCCAAACUUCUGCGGUGUAUGGAUGGCAUUUUCGAUCUGCUUUCAAGGCUGGUGAAUCAACAGCAGCAACAGCAGCAACAGCGCGGUCGCGAGCUUAAGCAGCAACAGCAUCACUCCCAGGCUGCUGCCUUUGCUGCGCGAACGGCGUGGGGCUGGCUUAGAGUUGAGCAUCUUGCUGCUCUUUUACGAGCUUCCGAGUGGCGUCUGCUGCAUGCAACAACAACACCACCAACCACAGGAAAUAGUGCAACGCUUGCCACCACUGCACCGGAAGAAAAUGUCAUUCCUUCAAGAGCAGCGGAUUUUCAGGCAGUAGCAGCAACAACAAUGAUUGAAAGGUUAACGCUUUCAAGUGCAGAAGCUCCACAACAAGAUUGGAUGGCAAAAGCCCGAGAUGUAUUUGAGACGGCUUGGCAGUUGCUGCUGUUAGAGGCAGCACAACCCAGCAGAAAGUGUGAAGACAGCCCAUCUGUAGACCCUUUGCCAUUGGGGGCCUACCUAGACUUGAAGGCAGCGUUCCACAACUACAAGACAGCGGAAGUUCACCCGAAUGCAGUGCUGCUCCCAGCAUCGUUCGCCGCUGCUGCUGCUGGUGGUGCAGAGACUGGAACUGAUAACACCUGGAAGCCCUCAGGCGAUGCUGAAGCUGAGGGCGUCUCCAUUUUACUGCGAAGGAUGACCGCAACAGCAGUUGCAGAUGCCGCGGGCAUUGUACGGGGCGGCAACCCCACUGCUAAGCAUUCCGUACAGGAGGAGCCACACAUAUUGGAUCUACCAACUUCACAGUCGACAUUUCAUUUUUAUAGACUGCGUCUUCGCGUUGCUGAUGAUGGGCAGCACUUUGCUCAGCAGAAAAACAGCAAGCAGCAAGUGCAGCAGCAACACCCACAGCUGCAGCGCCAGCCGCAGCAGCAUCAAGGUCGGGUGAAGCACUGGCUUUCCCCUACUCCUUUAGAUUUGAGCAUGCACCCACUGCUCCAUCAUUAUCUCUGCUAG